AUGGAUGACUUUGACGGACUGAAUGGUCCGAAGCACGAGCGUGUUGCAAAAGCACUUGAGCAAGUCAACGGACUCCGAUAUCGGUACCAUGCCGCCCCACAGGAUGGCAAGAAGAUGCUGCGCUUCGAUUCUGACGACGACGAAGGUUUGAGUGACGGCGAGGAUGCCGAAGAUUCGAGUGAUGAGCUCCAGGGCCGACAACGGCGAAAGUCUAGUAAGGAAAAGGCCAAGCGCCAAGAUAGCGCCUCGAAGUCCUCAAGGCUGACGCUGGAUGACCACAUCGAGAAUAUGUUGCGAAAGACACGUACGUUGGCGAUGCUGAAGAUCGCCAAUAACACAGCCGGCACAAUCCCGUCCGACAGCGAUGAUGAUAGUGACGAAACCGACGACGUUGUGUCUGAAGAGCUGAAAAUCGGCAGUCUCUCUUCCAUGGGGUCAUCGAAGCGCGUGGCCUCAUAUAAAAAACUCUCCAGUCUCGGUAGCAUUUCAAGCGCGGAUGGGCAGCAAUCCAGUCUUCUUGGAACGGCAGCAAUGAGGCUGGCGCGUACUCUCAGCGCUUUUCUUUGCUUGCCUCGUGCUAUUAGCUAUGUUGACUUGGAAGCGAUUACAGAGAAAUUGCUGGAGUCGUCAAACGAUCACUUUGACGAUGGCGAAUACGCAGAUCUCAUUGAUUGUCACGUGGACUCCGCUCGAGAGGAUGAUACUCACACCAAGAACGACGAAGACCUCCCUAUCUGGAAACGGCGCCAUUCACGACCCAUUCGACCGCUGGACCUUCCAGAAGACCAGACUGACUUGGAACUACAUCAACGUCAGAUUUUCAUGGAGGCCAAUCGCUUCGGGGGUGUUUCCUCACGUAACUUCUUCCUUGCGUCUAGCAAGCAUCUCCUGUCAAGAGAUGACUCCAAAGGCAGCAUGUAUUUCGGUGUAAGUCCCAGUGGACGGUUGCUCGGAUCGUCCACAAAUGGUUCCAGCAUGAAUUUGAACUUCGGAAGUGUCUCCACACUUACACCCAAAUACAGCAGCAACGAGAUUCCUACGUGUCCGUUCAACGAAGAGGAAUACAUCCAGUGGCGUACGCAGGUAAAAGACGACUACUUGGCAUGGGUGAACGCCAAGGUCGAAGCCCAGAAGCGUCGCAAGUCCCGUGUGAAGAAAGUGGACCCCAACAGGAAGCCACGCUGGUUGCUCCUGUACGAGGCCAGCCAGAACCCGACUCAAAAAUACCGCCCGGACGAGAAGGUUUAG